AUGCCGACCCAUGCAGCAGGUUUUAGCAAGUAUAAAAGAAAACCCACUCCGGAUACUGGCAUACCUUCCCAUCCCGUCCACCAUCUCCUUGCUGUCUCUAUGUCUUGCUUGAGCUUCAACAAACUCUUGCCUUCGAGAAAGGCGUGGAGGGUCUUCACUGACAAAGUGCAAACCAAAUUACACAAGCUUCAUCCAUCCAAAACCAUCAAGAAACCCAAGAAUAGGCUGAAGAAAACUGGCAAAAAGACUUCUUGCUGGCCUGCCUUUUGUACCCAGUCCAAAGUCCAGCGCAAGAGAUUCAAACACAAGCCAUCACAAACACAAACUUUACGCUCCUACUACGUCCAUAAAAGACCGUCGGCUGUGUAUAUUGACCGGCUGUUUAUCGAGCCUGCUGCGGUUUCCUUGGUUAGGGUGCAUUCGCAGCCACCCAAGAAAGCUGCUGCAACAACUGCUAGCAAGGAGUACCAGGAGGUAUGUCCAUCGACGCUGAAUACGGAGAAGCCUGAGCUCGUUGAUCAACGAGAAAAUACGGCAGGAACGAGCAAAGAAGAGGAGAAACUGAACGAGAACAUGCAUUCUGCAGAUGAUAUGUGGGAAUCGCUGGUGCUGGCAUCGCCACAGAUGAACGGAAUUAACGAGAGAGCAGAGGAAUUUAUUACUCGAUUCCGCGCAGAGAUGCUGCUUCAAGAGCAGCUGGCUCAUUACUUGUAG